AUGGGUUUCCUGCAAUCAGCCGCGGAGACUGAUAAUGUCGCUGCCACUCUCAGCAAGUUUGUCGCACAUGUUCCAGAGGAUGCUGUCAAUAUCACCGCUGUAAUCUCAGAGCUCUUUACCAUCAGCGCCAGUCUCCGCUCUCUAGAAACUCUACAUAAUUCCCCGCUGAGACCCAACUUUAGCUUCAUCAUCAACGAUGUAGAACUGGUCGUUAGGGCGAGUCUUCACCAUACCGUCCGGGUGGCCAAUGACUUUUUUGUUGCCGUGGAUGAUGGCGGCGGGGUCAAGGUUUUUCAGCAGAAUAUUCGAGAUGCCUGGUUCCGUCUGCGUGAUUACUAUCUCCAUGAGGCAGGGUACCCCCUUCUGAUCCGGCUCCAAUACUACCAGAAAAUGCUGUUGGAGAUAGUUCUGGUCAUUAGAAAUGAGCCAGGAGAUCCGGCGACGCUCAACAACCUCCGCCAAGCCAUAAAUACCCUUCGUGUGAACCAGGAUAGGCGAUAUGCUGCUGCAGCGCACCAACGGCAGCAGCAGGCAAAUUUUGCACACAACGCGAGGCCUCUCAACCCUUCGAUACCUGCCCCCCGUGCCAUCCCUCAUGCACCUCAGCCACCGGUCCCCCCUCCAGCACCCCAUGCACCACAUCCUGAUUUACGUCACCGUCCUAGUACGCCGCAACUAAAGAGCUCGCUCCGCAAACCAGCAGGAGCAGCAGCGCCUGUGAUCCCAACCCUGAAACGCUCAUACGAACGGCGAAGGCCGCAGAGUCGACUUCAGUCUCCGCACCCCCCUGGUUGGUUUGAUGCUGAAAGUCCUUCUUCUUCAUUUGGUGCACCAGAGUCAUCGUUGACGGCGGACUCUACCAGCACGGAUUCUUUCUCGUUUCUUGAUCCAUUUGAUCACUGGGCUGUGUCAUUGUUUAGUCGCCUUACCUCUGCAACUCCGUUGCCUCAGGACAGCCAAGGUUCGAAAUGUCAUGCCUCUAGUUCCUUGCCCAACGUACUUGGUCAUCUAGAAACUCAGUAUGACGAAUUAUUUCGAUUGAACUUCAACCCAAAUCUGACUGCCAUGUUAUAUUUGCGUGACCGUGAUCAUCGCGCAAGGAUCAUGUGCCAAGUCCGCAUUUCGCCAUCGAAGAUAUAUUAUGCCACACAACCACUUAACAAAAUCCAUAUUACCCGUGAUAAGACAGCUUCAUACCUCCGACUCUGUUUGAAGGACAAAUCAGGCCAGUUGGAAGCGUGGUUGAGUCUCCAAUUUGAUACAAUUGAAAAAAUGAUCUUGUUUCAUUGUGCAUUCAUCGCGCUUCGAGGGCAGGACUCUGGCCAUGUAGUGAACAGCGUCCCUGACUCGUUUACCUUGGAUGAGGAGGAAUUUUACGCGGGUCGUAUUCACGAUAACGGUUAUCUACACGCUCUUCGUAUUUUCCGCGAUCCCGUUACCAAGGUGAUACGCCUGCAGGCGUCUGUUCUUAAUGGCGACAUGGCGGACGUUCCUGUAUGGACAGCAUUUAUUCAUGAGUUUCUACUAUUGAAGCAAUGGCUACGAAAAGCCAGCCCCACAACCGUUAUCCUUUCCCAGCUUGAUCGCGCCGUCUUCAUCAAUUCCGACGACUACAUUCCCCUCGUGACGCAACACAAUGAGCAUGUGCUGACCUUCAAUAGUGAACUGGCAUUCGAGAUCCUUUCAACUUGCCAAGCCAUAGCAUACUCAUAUGAUAUUUUACCAUUAGAUGUGGAAGAUUUCCUGUCUCGAAUAACUCAUCUACGCCAUCGCAUUCGACGUCAAUGA